AUCUACGUGAGAUGAGACACCAGCAUCCCCAUCUAUGGACUCCGACAGUCCAUCUUGUUGAACACCAGGCUUCAGGACUGCUAUGUGGACUCACCAGCUCUCACCAACAUCUGGAUGGCCAGGACGUGUGCAAAGCAGAGCCUCAGUGUCCCAGCACCCGGGACCACCUCUUCUUGGGAAGCUGUAAAGAACCCAUUCGUUGCCAGUCCACUCUCCCUGGUUAGGCUUGUGCUCAGGCGGCAACUGAAGGAGAAGCGCUACCUGGUCCCACGCAAGUCUAGAGAAGCAAAACUCUCCAAGAGAUUAAAGCCCAAGGACGAUUCGGCAAUGAAAGCCACUCAGCGGGCCAGGAUAAGAAGCUCCGUCAGUUCCAAGAGCAAGCGGCCGGGGGUGGGGGGGGCAGCUGCCAGGCUCACCGGGCACAGGAGGCCUGCGGGAGGCAUCAGAGAGAGCAAAGAAAGUUCAAAGGAGAAAAAACUAACAGUCGGCCAAGAUCUUGAGGACAGAUAUGCCGAACAUGUGGCCGCCACCCAAGUGCUACCCUGGGACAGUGGGACAGCAGCCUGGAAGGGCCAAGUGUUGCUUCCUGAAACCCGAAAGAGACAGCAGUUGUCGGAGGACACGCUCACCAUCCACGGCCUCCCCACGGAAGGGUACCGGGCUCUGUACCACGCUGUGGUGGAGCCCAUGUUGUGGAACCCUUCCGGAAGCCCCAAGAGGUACAGCCUGGAGUUGGGCAAGACCACUAAACAGAAGCUCUGGGAGGCUCUGUGCGGUCAGGCUGCCUCCCGUACUUUUGGCUCCAGUGUGCUGGGCACAGCCCUGGGGACCACCCCCUAA